GGUGACUAUGGAGGCAAAGGAGAGCGUGGGCCAAAGGGAAAUAUUGGACCUCGUGGACGAGAUGGACCUCAGGGCCAAAUGGGUGAACAGGGACAAAUAGGAGAUUCCGGAGAUAAAGGACCACCUGGGUCUCCUGGUAAAAAGGGUGCCCCUGGACCAACUGCAAAUAUCCAGACGUCUCCAGAAAGUCUUUUCGUCCGACCGGAUGUUGCCCACUCAGAUGAUCCGAUGCAAAGCGACGAGACAUGGAACGAAUUUGGUAAUGAAGGUUAUGCAGCGGGAUACUUGAAAUCGCGUAAUAAGGUAUGA